GACAUUGUUUUUUCUCGGGUCGUCAAUUUUUUCUCAUCUGUUUUUCCUUUCUUGCAUUUUGUGUGUUUUUCCACCUAAUUUUCGCAUUUUUCACGCGUUUUUCAUUUUCAACGGACACCCAGGUGGCCCCCGGAGCCCAUUCCGGUGCAUUUGUGCGCACUUUCCGCGGGGAAAUUGGUGAAAAUUCCGUGAAAUUGUGCGUGUGUGGGGGUGAGAAGAUGAUGACAGAAGGAAAAGAUAAACAAUCUCUUGAGUGUGUGUCUUAAGUGGGGCCCCUUUGCUGUUUUUUCUUCAUUUUCGUGACCCCAGGAAGAUGCUGCGAUGAUUGAGGGUGGAGAAAUGGUCUCCGGGCCGCUCUUUCCGGCAAAAUUCAUCCUCUUUGUGGGACUUUUGGGGAUUUUUCUUCACCAAAAUGGUGCCACAACAGAGACAGGAGGAUCGAUAAAUUUACUCUUCACAACUUAUCAGGACAUCCGGUGGGCAAAUGUGACGGGGAGUGAGAUAAAAAUUGAUGUUUUGACCAAAGAUCUCAUUGAGGGGGCUGCCAUUGACUUCUUCGCAGCCCGGAAGCUCGUGUGCUGGGCCGAUCAGGGACGUGAACGUGUGGAAUGCAUGAAGAUGAAUGGCAUGAAGCCAGCACGGAGGGAUAUUGUCGUGGCGGCAAAGGCAAAAGUCGAUGGGCUGGCAAUUGAUUGGCUCACAGAGAAGAUCUACUGGACUGUGAGUGAGACGAAUAAGAUUGAGGUGACGAGCCUCGAUGGGCGCUACCGGAAGGUGUUGUUUUGGGUGGAUGUGGACCAGCCACGGGGGAUUGCCGUUGUGCCCGCUCAGAAGCUCCUUGUGUGGACAGAUUGGGGGGAAAGUCCCAAAAUUGAAGCUUCCAGCAUGGAUGGUGAUCCCACGAGUAGGAAGGUUCUCGUGAAGGACAAGGGGAUCUUCUGGCCGAAUGGUCUUGCCGUGGAUCUCGAGCAGGAGCUCAUCUACUGGGUUGAUGGGAAGCUCCACACGCUGCAGGUGAUGCGUCUCGAUGGGAGUGAUCGACGCACCCUGGCCACGAACCUCAUCUACCCCUACAGCCUGACAAUGCUGCAGGAACACAUCUUCUGGACUGAUUGGCAACUCUAUGCCAUCAAUACGCUCUCAGGGGGACAAGUCCGGGAACUUUUUAACGUUUCCGUCUCCCCAAUUUCCGUCCGGAUCUGGGAUCAGCGUGUCCAACCGCACGGUGAGACUCCCUGCCAGGUGGCCAAUGGGAAUUGUUCCCAUCUCUGCCUCCUCGCCCAGAAUCCGCAGGGCUUCUCGUGCGCCUGCCCAACGGGAAUCCGCCUCAUUGACAACACAACGUGCGCUGAUCACCCAACGGAUAUGCUCUUCCUCGUCCAGAGAACGCAAAUCAGUCGCAUUUCCCUCGAUACGCCCGACUUCACGAGCUUCCCGCUCAUGCUGAAUCGCGUAAAGUACGCCAUUGCCAUUGACUACGAUCCCGUCGAGGAUACCGUCUAUUGGUCAGACGGAGACGUUCACACCAUCAGGCGAGUCCGUCAAGAUGGUCAAGGACCCGUUGAGACCAUUGUCUCAGCCAUUGCACACGCAGACGGGCUCGCUCUCGACUGGUUGGCACGAAAUCUCUACUGGACUGAUACUGGAAUGGAUCACAUUGAGGUCAGUCGAAUGGACGGCUCAUCGCGGUACGUUGUAAUAAAUGAGAAUUUAAAGGAGCCACGAGCAAUAGCAGUUGCCCCAAUGCUGGGCUGGCUCUUCUGGAGUGAUUGGGAUGAGGAAAUGCCAAAAAUUGAACGUGCUGCCCUUGAUGGUUCGGAGCGCGUUGUACUCGUUUCCAAUGAUCUCGGAUGGCCAAAUGGGCUUGCUCUGGAUUUUAGUGAGAACACCGUUUACUGGUGCGAUGCCAAGACCGAUAAAAUUGAGGUGGUCGGGAUGAAUGGUUCAAAUAGGCGUGUGAUUCUCCUGGAGCAACUUCCGCAUGUGUUUGGAUUGAGUCUCCUUGGAGACUAUAUUUACUGGUCCGAUUGGCAGAGGAGAUCAAUUGAGAGGGCGCACAAGAAGAAGGGGACAGAUCGGUUGGUUAUUGUUGAUCAACAUCCGGACUUGAUGGGGCUGAAGGUGGCACGGUUGCGUGAGGUAAACGGGACGAGUCCGUGUGUGGUUAACAAUGGCGGUUGCUCCCAUCUCUGCUUCAAUCGUCCGCAUGAUUUUGUCUGUCGUUGCCCGAUAAACUAUGAAUUGGCUGCUGAUCAGCGAACCUGCUUCAUUCCUUCGGCUUAUUUGUUCUUCUCAAAAAUGCGUGGCCUCGGGAGGAUUUCCGUUGAACGCAAUGAAGGGAAUUACAAUGAUCAGAUAACACCGUACAAGGUGAUCAGGGAAGUUUAUGCUCUUGACGUAGACGACACGUGGGGCAUGCUGUUCUGGACAGAUCGUCGUUCAAAGUCCAUCCAACGGGCUCUUGUCAAUGGGACUGAUGUUCAGAAGAUCGUUGACUCGGGCCUUGGGCGUCCUGAGGCAAUUGCCGUUGAUUGGUUGGGAAGAAAUAUUUUCUGGACUGAUGUGGAGCUGCGACGCAUUGAGGUGGCACGGUGGGAUGGAUCAAGUCGUAAAGUUCUCGUGUGGAAGAGUGUUGAGGAGCCAAAAAAUCUCAUUGUUGAACCGAGACGGGGUGCAAUGUACUGGACUGAGCAGCAAUUGGAGGUGAUCCAAAAAGCAGGCAUGGACGGGUCGGAGGUUACGACAAUUGCCCGGAAAGUGGGCGAUGUGAACGGUCUGGCCUUGGAUGAGGGCACAAGGAGGCUGUAUUGGACGAGUCAGAGCACACCAGCACGUAUUGAAUGGUCUGAUUGCGAUGGACAGCGCAAGGGGGGAACGUUGAUUGAUCUUCACGGCAGCGAUCCGUUUGCAAUUUCAAUCUACGGCGACUAUGUGUACUGGAGUGACUGGAAGACGGGAGAUGUGGAGCGUAUUGACAAAAUGGCAGCCACAAAUCGAACGUUGAUUCAUGAAAAUCUCGAAUUUGUCCGUUCGCUUGUUGUCUAUCGCACAACACCACCACAAACGUCAGGAAUUAAUCGGUGUAACGUCAACAAUGGUGGUUGCUCUCACCUUUGCUUGGCUAAUCGCAAUGGAUCCGUUUGUGCUUGCCCAACGCACUACUUUCUCAACACAGAUGGAUUUUCCUGUAGUCCCCCGAAGGAUUAUCUGAUCUUCAGUCAAAAAUCAACAUUUGGCAGGCUCUUCCCGAAUUCAACGGACGUUCUCGAUGCUUCCUUCCCGGUUACAGGGAAGCACAUUCGUGUUAUUGAAUUUGAUCCUGUUAUGAAGUUUCUCUACUGGAUUGAUGGAAAGGCUGUGAGAAAGAGCGCAGAAAAUGGUACAAGAAUGUCAACUGUUGUAACUUCGGGUUCACAACCCUAUGACAUGGCCAUAGAUUUCAUUGGGAGACUUCUCUACUGGACUUGUUCCUACACAAACUCCAUCAAUAUCUCCAGUUUAAAUGGAAAUUCCGUGGGGACAAUCGAUACGGGUGAUUCACAAAUUCCUCGGAAUCUCGCCAUUGAUUCCCUCGAUCGUUACCUCUUCUGGACGGAUUAUGGGCAACAGGCAAUAUUUCGGGCACGUAUUGACGGAGCUGCCCGUAUUAGGCUCGUGAAUAAACUAUCGGGUGUUGCAGCCAUGACAAUUGAUUCACAAAUGAAGAUUAUCUUCUAUGCGGAUGGGGAGAGAAUUGAGAGGAUUGACUAUGCUGGAGCCAACAGGCAAAAGAUUACUCUCCUGAAUUACCAUCCGGUGACUUCUUUGGCAGCUUUGAGGGGAAUUUUGUAUUGGUUAGAUGAUAAGAUGCUGCUGGAGAGUUUGACGUACAAUGGGGAAGCAGCAGCUGGGGAUGGGGCUUCGUUGCAUCAAUUGACGGACAUUGUGGCUGUUUCGGGGCCCCCUGAGGGUGCUAUUGCGAAUCACACGUGUUCGCAUCUUGUCAAUGAAUGUUCCCAUCUCUGUGUGGCCAUGGGGACAUUGGCAGUGGGACGAAGGGCGCCUGAGGAGGCGUGUUCGUGCCCACUGGGGUUGAUGCUGAUGGAGGAUAAGAUGAGUUGUGGUACAUUGCCACCGUGUGGUCCGGGACACUUCACGUGUACAUCCCUCAUGCCGGGUGGGCUGUUGGAUGGCGUGAAUAAGGACUGUAUCCCCAUGUCGUGGCGCUGUGAUGGGCAAAAUGACUGCAUGGAUAAGUCCGAUGAGAUGGGAUGUCCAUCGUGCAGUGGGGAUCAGUUCCGGUGUCAAUCCGGGGAGUGUAUUGAUCGGAAGUUUGUCUGUGAUGGGACAACGCACUGUGCCGAUGGGCACGAUGAGGCGGAUUGCUGUAAAGCCCCGCAGGACUUUCAGUGUCCUGGGAAUAAGGUUUGCAUCCCGCCGGCAUCGUUGUGUGAUGGUUGGGAUCACUGUGCCGAUGGGGCUGAUGAAUCGCCCGAUGUUUGUGGUCCGGCGAAUAAUAAACGCUUCGUGCAGACGUCGGAUAAGAAGACAUUCAUCAUUGUCAUUGUUAUCCUCAUGCUCGUGACGUUCUUUGCGGCGUACGUGCUGCAAAUUUGUCGUAGUCGCAUUAUGGCGCACGGAGGGCAGAUGCAGAAUGAUCCGGCAACGGCUCCCCUUAGCCCCGCACAGGCAGCGGGGAAGAUUGCACGGGGAUCGAGGUUAUCCACUGUGGCGGAUGCUGUGUGGAUGUCAACGCUCAAUGGGCGUGCGGGGAGUGCAAAUAGCUACGAUCGCAAUAACAUUACGGGUGCUUCGAGUAGUACAACAAAGGGCAGUAGUAGCCUCAUGGCGUACCCCCUCAAUCCACCCCCAAGCCCCGCCACAACGAACGCCUCGACGCGCCACAGCGGCUACCGUCCGUACAGGCACUACAAGUCCAUCAAUCAACCCCCACCGCCAACGCCGUGCUCCACAGAUGUGUGCGAUGAGAGCGAUAGCAAUUGUACGUCGAAGACAGCCUCGGGGCGGGGGCCACUCCCACGGCGGACGCAUCGAGGCUACGCAGAUGCCGGAGAGCCGUAUCCGCCGCCACCGACGCCACGCUCUCACAGCGACAUUGGUGGCUACGUUCUCACUGAAAGUUGUCCCCCAUCGCCCGGAUCACGUUCUUCGGCGUACUUUUCACCCCUCCCACCACCCCCGUCGCCUGUACAGUCCCCCCGGCGGGACUACACGUAGCCUCCACAACCCCUCAAGGGUUAUAUUCUCUAACAGUGAAAAACUCUCGUGAUAAACUCCCGAAGGCUUUUUUUUUUAUCCUCUAAGAAAAAUAAUCCAUCCGUGAUAAACUCCCGUAAGAUUUCCCGGUUUUCCCGUUUCUUUUAAAGCACUAAAACCUUCAGGAGUUUAUCACGGGAGUUUUUCACUCUUAGAGAAUUCAUGCCCAAGAGUCAGCAGUGAGUAACAAACAUUUUUUUCUUUCUUUUUCAUUUUGAAGGGAAAAAAAUUAAGAUUAAAUGUGAAUGGAGAAAAAAAGUUAGAAAUUAGGAUUUUGUGCCUUGAAAAAUUAAUUUUUAAUUCGUGAAAUUUUUAUUGAGUAGGAAUACCGUCAAGCUGGGUAAGUUUGAAUUAUUUUAGAAGAAUUUAUUAUGGGGAAUGUUGUAAAAGAGAUUUCAAAAAGAAUUUUUAAACUUGCAAAAAAUCAAAAGAUUUCAGAAUUUAUUUUGUAAAAUUUUUUAUUUACAAUUUGCUAGUUUUUUACAAUUUAAUUUUCCAAAGUUUUUUAAGUUUGAGGUUAGAAAUUUUUAAAAA